AUGUAUUGUUUGCGAAGUUACCUACCUCUGCUUCUCCUGCCGCUACCGCUAUCACUUUCGCCCGUUCAUCUCAUCCUUUUACUAGUUUUGACCUACGUCCUCAACCGACCCUGUAUCUAUUGCUCGUUCCUACUCAUCAUCCUCUUUGCGAGUUCCUGUCACUGGUCCAAUCGCUGUUUCGUCGACCUGAGCCAGCACGGAGAAGAGACAACCUCGAUCGCCUCAUGGUUUAUUCCCAGGCUGUACACUGCCAGUGACAAUAUCGGCAUAGAACGCCAGGCAAACGGUACAUCCGAAGUGGCCGAUUUUCUGGUGGACGUGACACGCAGCACAGUAUAUGGCAUCGCCCAUGCUCUGAAGGACUCAACAACUAGUCUGAUUAAUAAUGCGCGUCAGAGCGUGCCACCUACCUCUGCUUUGCCGCCUUCCCCUGGCGGCGAGGCCGGCAUUGGGGCUCACUGGCUUCGGUAUUUGCUUGGUCGGACGGAAUGGACAUUGCCCUGCGUCGGAGUCAAGGUGGUGCUAUGA